CCUGUGACUGAUGUGACCUGAGACUGGCUGGCACAUUUACUGUAGGAAGAAACUGCGCCACAUCGGCUAAUUUAAUCCUGGACCAGUGACCCCCUGUAUUCAGAAUCUACACACACACACUGAGAGAGAGAACAUAUAUACAUACAGCACAUAUAGAACCAGCAGCAGCAUCGGUAAACAGAGGUGUCUGUGCGUCCUCGUCCGCCCCUCCUUUUUCCUGUCGGCUGUGUUUUGUGUGUGUGUGUUUACCCUCACUGAAUUGACAGGUGAUACAUGCAGGAAAACUGAAUAUGCAUCAUAUGCUGCUGAGCUCUGCUGCCACAAUUACAACCAGCCCUUAUAUAAUCCAUAGGAUUUUCUGAAGCGACCGACUGUCAAAAGUGGAUCAUGGAUUAAUUAGGGCGGCGGAAUCAGAAACUUCACAUUAUUAACGCGAGCAUUGUGCAACCAGCGAAAUAAAACUAAGGGACAAUCUCGGCGGAUCCUGCCCGGGAUCAGAGCCCUUCCCAGCCAUGGCUCUCGUAACGUUGCAGCGCUCACCCACCCCUAGCGCUGCUUCAACAGCUAGCACCGCUACCACUAACGCGGGGGAGGAUUUUGGGAGUGACGAUGAGCGCAGGUUAAACCAGAGCCUCAGCGAGAGCUUCUUCAUGGUGAAGGGAGCAGCCCUCUUUCUUCAGCAGGGGAGCAGUCCACUGAGCCAGAAGGUGCACCCCCAUCACAAACAUGCAGGUGAUUUACCUCGGCACCUUCAGGUGAUGAUCAACCUUCUCCGAUCAGAAGACAGAAUUAAACUGGCUGUGCGCUUGGAGAGUGCGUGGUCAGACCGGGUCAGGUACAUGGUGGUCGUUUACAGCAAUGGUCGCCAGGACACAGAGGAGAACAUCCUGCUGGGCAUGGACUUCACCAACAAGGAGAGUAAAAACUGCUCAAUCGGAAUGGUGCUGCCGCUGUGGAGUGACACCAAGAUCCACCUGGAUGGUGACGGAGGUUUCAGUGUGUCCACAGCGGGAAAGACACGCAUCUUUAAACCAGUGUCAGUUCAAGCCAUGUGGUCGGCCCUGCAGAUCCUGCACAAAGUCAGCGAGGUGUCCCGCCGGUACAACUACUUCCCAGGCGGGAUGUCCCUGACCUGGACCGGGUUCUAUGAGAGCUGCAUUUCCUCCGAUCAGAGCUGCAUCAACGAGUGGAACACCAUGCGGGACCUGGAGACCACGCGGCCAGAAUCCCCGGCCUUGUUUGUGGAUAAACCUACAGAGAGAGAGAGAACGGAGCGUCUUGUCAAAACCAAACUCAGGAGCAUAAUGAUGUACAAAGAUCUGGAGAAUAUAACCUCCAAGGAGAUCCGGACCGAGCUGGAGCAGCACAUGAACUGUAACCUGAAGGAGUAUAAAGAGUUUAUCGACAACGAGAUGCUGCUGAUCCUGGGUCAGAUGGACAAGGCUUCUCUGAUCUUUGACCACCUCUAUCUGGGCUCAGAAUGGAACGCCUCCAACCUGGAGGAGCUCCAGAGCUCAGGUGUGGGGUACAUCUUAAACAUAACCAGGGAAAUCGAUAACUUUUUUCCCGGCUUGUUUGCAUAUCACAACAUCCGGGUAUACGAUGAGGAAGCCACAGACCUGCUGUCCCAUUGGAACGACACCUACAACUUCAUAGUGAAAGCCAAGAAAAACCACUCCAAGUGUCUGGUACACUGUAAGAUGGGUGUCAGCCGGUCGGCAUCAACAGUCAUAGCUUAUGCGAUGAAGGAGUACGGCUGGUCCCUGGAGAAAGCCUAUAACUACGUCAAACAGAAGAGGAGCAUCACGAGACCCAACGCAGGCUUCAUGAGGCAGCUGGCAGAGUACGAAGGCAUCUUGGAUGCCAGCAAACAGCGGCACAACAAGCUGUGGCGCCCCGACUCGGACUGCGAUCUACCUGAUGGCCAGCAAGCCUCUGCUCAGUGCUGUGGCUCUGAUGGCCCAGGAGACCUGACCCCUGACUUCAGUGUGAGGCCGCCGGAGGAUGUGAUGGGUGGGGACGAGGCGGGACCCUCCCCCAGCAGGACCAUAGGGGAGGAGGUGGACCCUGCUGAGCCCCCCAACUACAACUACUACUUCAGACGGCUCUCUGACUCCGCACUGGACAGCGAACCCUCAACCCCCGUAAGGGCACCCUCCCUGCUUCACAUGGAGGGCGUUUACAUCAAGAUCGAAGACGUAGAGAGAGACGCCCUGCUGGACGACGAGGGCUUCGAAACCAGAGAGUUCCCACUGCCCCACUUCGCUGCGCCCGGGGAGGGGACGGCAGCACAGACUCUGGAGACCGACGUCCGGAAGAGACUGGAGUUCAGCACAGUGGAGGAGGAGGACGAGGAGGAGGAGGAAGCUGAGAUUGUUUCGUUGACGGGGGGAGGGGGAGAGGCUGCGGAGAGAGAAAAGGAAGAUGCUGAGCUGGCUCCGAGCUGCUCCCCCCUCGUCGGCUGCAACAGGCUCAACAACGAGAAUGCCAACAACAACAACCACCUCAACAGCAGCAGCGGAAAAAGAAGCUGCCCACCUGGGUUUGACGACAGUGCUAACACCAGAAACAUCCACAAAGUCAAACCUCCAUACAAGUCCUGUACAGACUGCAUGCGUCCCCCCAACAGCCUGCACUGUCAAUCCAUGGUCUCCAAGCAUUCCCAAAGCCUUAACCCUGCGCAUCUGUGUAGCAUCCCCGCUGUCUGUGUGCAUUCCUCGGGCUCUGCGAUCCCCGACCAAGCCGCAAAGCUCACUGUCAUUAACACGUCACCCUUGCCCGGGCUGAUCAGAACCUCCGACAGUCACUGCUUGCCUAGUAACUGUGCCAACUGUGGUGUCUCAGGAACUCUGAUAGAGGCCCACUGUCACCACCAGGUGAAGCCCAUGAGCUGUAACGACCUUUCC